AUGGCUAGAAAUUUUUAUGAUAUGUUUAAUGAGGCAUUGUAUGGCAAAAGAAGACGGCAAGAUAACACACUCAUAGAUAAUUGGAUCGAUGAGUGUUUACUCGAAGAUUCAGAAGAAGAAGAUAUCGAUAGAAGCUCUAUCCCAACUACUCGUAGAUGGAUCAACAGAGAUAGAGAAGCAGGACAUGAUCGCCUUUUCCAAGAUUACUUUGCAGAUGAAUCGGUGUAUAAUGCUAACAUUUUCCGACGAAGAUUUCGAAUGAGAAGACAUGUGUUCCUUUGGAUAGUAGACGCUCUCUCAAAUGUCUAUCCGUAUUUUCAACAGAGUGUUGAUGCAACUGGAAGAAGAGACUUGUCGCCACUCCAAAAAUGUACCGCUGCGAUACGGAUAUUAGCAUAUGGCGUAGUAGCUGAUGUUGUUGAUGGUUAUGUGCGCAUAGGCAAAAGCACUACAAUUGAAUGCUUGGAAAAAUUUGUUGAAGGUGUCAUUUCGGUAUUCGAGGAUGAAUACUUGCGAAAAUCCAAUCCAAAUGACGUAGCAUUGACUGCAUGCAUUGGCAAUGAAAAAAUUGUCCAAAGGCGUGGAAAGGUAUUUUCUGGUUCAAAUAAUGAUAUCAAUGUGUUAGAUCGUUCUCCAGUGUUCGAUGAUAUUCUAAAUGACCGUGCUCCGGAGAUGGUAUUUAUCCUGAAUGGGCCACUUUUAUCAAAUCAAUCUCAAAGUCACAAGGGGGAGAAACGCAAGUUAUUUGCACAAUACCAAGAAGGGCAAAAAAAAGAUGUGGAGCGAGCAUUCGGAGUGUUGCAAGCAUGCUUUGCAAUUAUACGUGGUCCAGCUCGUUUUUGGGAAAAGAAGAAGCUUGCCAACAUAAUGAGAGCUUGUAUUAUAUUGCAUAAUAUGAUUGUUGAGGAUGAAAGAGACGCUUAUGCAGGAAAUUUUGCUCAAGACUUAGAGUAUGAUGAUGUCGAAAAUGGUUUAUCACAACCUUAA